UUCAAGGAAACCAGAAAAGGACUAACAGAAUGGUGGCGACGACAGACUGCAUAGAAAAGUCCAAACCCAUCGCUGGAAACAGGGUAUCCAAACCACUCAUGGAAAAGAAACGAAGAGCUCGCAUUAACAAGUGUUUGGACCAGUUAAAAUCUCUUCUGGAGAGCUACUACAGCAGUAGUAUUCGAAAGCGCAAACUGGAAAAGGCCGACAUCUUGGAGCUUACUGUGAAACAUCUAAGGAACAUCCAAAAGAUCCAGUGUUGCACUGCCGCUGCUUCCGAGUUCUCUGAUUAUCAAACUGGUUUUCGCAGUUGCAUGGCAAACGUCAACCAGUAUUUGCUGAUGGCCGACAACUUGAACGGGAGCGACAGCUGGAUGUUAUCGCAGCUUUCCAGUAAACUCUGUCGCUCUCGGGGACGGGAGGAAGUCUUCAGCACCAAGGACAGCAGCCGGGGCCAAGCAGCAGAGACACAGGAUGAGGUGCGGAUACUUCUUCCAUCGGCAGCUGGGCCUGAGGAAAGAAAAACGGCCAAAUCUAAAACUCUGAAACCGCUUAGUGCAAGCACGUCUCCUUGUUUACCGAGCGAAGACGCACGACAGUCAUCUAGAACCAAACUGACUGUCCCUGUUGCGGCACUCAGACAAAGUACUCAUGAAAAAAGUUUAAGUAACAAGAUAUGUCCCCCUGUCAGUUACAGGAAUGAAGUUGCAAAACCUCAGCACAAUGUCUGGCGGCCUUGGUAAAACUGUAGAUAUCCUAAUUCAUAGUUUGGUUGAAUGUUUAUUAUUGCACUGUAUAGAUUACA